AUGUCAAUUGUAAUGUCAGCCGGCAAAGGAGUGACUCAAGUAGUCGAACGAUGUGAAGCUGCAAAAGAAUCCGGGUUUUUGGACCUUUCAUCUUGCCAGUUAAUGUACAUGGCUGACGCGGUGUACAUGUUAAUUAAGGGAUACGAAAUCACAAAAGUUAGUAUUCAAGAUAACGGCUUCAAAAAAUUCCCCAAAAAAUUUGUGAUCAAAUUUCCAACUGCCACUAUCCUAAAUAUGGCUAACAAUGAAAUCUCUGAAAUUCCCGAAGAAGUUGCCACGUGGACAAGUUUGAAAGGGUUAAACGCUGCGAAGAACAAGAUUUCAAAGUUUCCGGAGCCAUUUUUACAGCUGAAAAAUUUGAUCUACUUGGAUCUCAACGGUAAUCAACUUGAAGAAAUCGACGUGGAUUUGUUCUACUCAUCUUUACCGGCGCUGAUAAAGCUGAACUUGUCUGGAAAUGAAGGAUUGGGCGAUGAAACGAAGAAGAAGUUGAAAGCUUUAAAACCGGAAAAAUUGGAUCUAAUUUUAUGAACUUUUGCCUAAAAUAAAUUUUUUUGUUGUACA